GUCUGGACACAAAAACACAUCAGAUCUGUGCAGUUAUUAUUAGUCUUCAGAGGAAAGCUGUGAUGCUGUUUUCACACAGUUAAGGUUGUGUGUGGGUUUGGGAUAUUCAGCCAUGCUACAGCAGUCAGAGCUCAUCUUUGACUUUGCCAGUGACCAUGUUAACAUGUCACAGUUGGGGGUUUACUCAGAUUACCCCGCGGUGAUUGUGGAGCAGGUUCCCCAUCCACACCUGCUCUCAUAUGCAGGUCUAGCGUGUGAACAGUCACAGGCAGAGGAUCACCAUCACCAGCAGCUGCUCAAAGUGGAGCCAUGUGAAAGUGGAGAGGAAGAGACUAUGGAGACACUUGUUGCUGCUGACUCCCUUCUCAACAUGGACUGCCCUGACACCCUCUCCCUGGAACAGUACUCCCAGACCUUCUUACCAUCACUGGGUGAUGUCAUCACUACUCCUGUUACCCAGGUGACUGUGUCAGCAGAAGGGAUUGUGGGAGCUGUUGAACAGCCACAGUGGCACUCAUUGCACACAAAGAAGCCUACGGCACACCUGCAGUCCAAAAAGAGAGGGAGAAAACCCAGACAUAGAAGGGCAGAGUCUCCCACACCAGACAUUAUAGUGAAGAAGGAUAAAUACAACAAAGGAGGAAACACACUGUACCUGUGGCAGUUCCUGAUGGAGUUGUUGCAGGACCGACAGGUCUGCCCCCGCUACAUUAAAUGGACUAAUCCCCACGCAGGAAUCUUCAAGUUGGUCAACUCUAAAGCAGUGGCCAGACUCUGGGGCAAACACAAGAACAAGCCAGAUAUGAAUUAUGAGACAAUGGGCAGAGCACUCAGGUACUACUACCAGAGGGGCAUACUGAAUAAGGUUGAAGGCCAGCGCCUCGUCUACCAGUUCACCUCUCUGCCCAAAGACAUGAUUUAUAUCACAGAUGGAGAUGGCACCAAAGAGGAAGAAGAUUACGACGACAAUAGUGCCAACGAUGAGGGUGCGAGUGAUGACUCUGAUGACAGCACAAUACCUUCUAGUGACCAAUCGGUGGAGGAGGAAGAUUCACACCCACCACACAAGAAAAUGUCAUCCGGCUCUGUCCGAACCCUGGCUACCCAGCGGACCAGGCCAGCUCCCAGGCCCUCAGGCCAGCGCGACACUGUCCUGCGGCCUGCCAGCACCAGCUUGAUCCAGGAGCAGCAUUUGCCGAUUGUGUCUGCUGAGAUGCUGCGGACCCUCCAGAACCUGCCAAAGGUCCAGUCCCUGCAGCCCGCGGGUCACGCCUCGGUCUUCAAAACAGCUCAGCUGCUAGGGAGUCUGUGUGAGCGACAGGCUGCGGCUGAGGUGGCUGUAGACAGUAGGGGUGCACGAGAGAUACCUAAUGAAAAGUCACACCCAGGACAGAAAACUUCACAUGUGGAGACUCCACAGCUGGUGCCUCUAACUGUCUCUGACCAAUAGAACCCCCAAACACACACAUGCACAUACACUCCACUGACUCAGGACCAGUUACAGAGCUGCACUUUGCUGUGGCCAUGUCUGCACACCAGGGCCUAUAUUUUUCAAGCGUGUAAGAGUGGGAGUGUUGAUCUGGGAUUAUUUUGGUAUUUUAGAUUAUAUUAUGAAUUGGUAACAAAAGUAAUUCUAGAUCAGUGCUUCUUCCCUGACAUUCCCUGAGUUGGCAGGAACCAAAAUCUCACAGCACUCAGCAGGUUACUUUCUAAGAAGAGGCAGACUAUAAAAGCCCAUGUCCUUUAUCUCAGCCUUCUGUCAAUCUCUGUAGCCUUAACUAAGACACCAAAGACAGAAAUGCACUGGAAUCUACAGCCUCUGCACCUUCUGCAGACACACCCUCUGCUUGGACUUUACCUCCAGCGUCAUCUGAUCAGCACACUGUGCCUCCUUCUCUGCCUCUACUUGCUCUUUCCCACUCUGUCUUUUGUUUUACUAUCACAUGCUGAAUCAUUCCUCUGCCUUGAAAAUGGCUUUGCACUAAUGUUUACCUCUGCUGUAUGUUUCUUCUCUAAGUGCCUGAAGGUCUCAGUCCAUCCUGUCCCUGCUUCCUCUGUUCCUGGUAAUCAUGAGGUUAUUGAGGGAAAACAUUCCAUAUUCUUAUUAUUUUUUUACGAUUACUGAAUUAUGUUUGUAUUGUGAAAUAUUGAAAACAAGGGAUCACUGUUAUUUGUAGAAUAGUAAUUUAGAACUGCUGCUGUUUAUAGUGGAUGUAUCUACAUAAUGGACCUUCCUUUUGUUGACAAUCACCAGUGAAAUGGUCUUGUAGCCUUUUAUUAAGCUACUUUGUAGAGUCAUACUGCUACUAUUUAGCCUUUCUGCUAUGCACACAUUGUUUAGUUAUUAUACAUAUAUAAAUGCAUCCAUCAUAUCUUAAUGUAUUGUGUGUUAUAUACUGUACGUCUGUGAAUAUGCUUGACUUUGUGCCUUGUUGCCACUUUCUCCCUCAGGUUCGUAAAUAUUUGUCUUACUGCACACACUGUAUACUCUAUGCAAGGAGUAAAACGGCUGGCCCUUUAUAAUGAAGUAAUGCUAAGUUCAGUGUUUUCUCUUCAGUUGUUCUUAGCCUCACAAAGCCAGCCCACAAAGUUCACCUCACUCCAAAAAAAUUGAAAAUUGAAAAAUUGAGCUUGUAAGAUUUAGGCUGACUUCUGUAAUGCUAAACUUGGUUUAGGAGAUGCUUAUAACUGUGCCUUUCUCCAGGGAACCCUAUGCGAAACUGUUUUCACUUUAUUACUGAGUAAACCAUUUAUUUGGAAUCCACUCACUUUGCUUUAUCUGGAGGUAAGUUUUACUGAUGUGGAUUUGUACGCGUGUAGCAGAGGGAGAGGUGGAGUUUCUGUUUCUUUAUUUUGGUGUGUUUGCUUUCGUGCAGUCCGGACGUGUUGAAAAGAUAAUGGUCUAUUAUAUGAAAUAAACUUAAUUUUUUCAUUGUCA